AUGGACAACAUUGCCAACUGCACCGAAAUAGAUUAUGAUCUGAAUUCCGAUGAUAUGUCAGUAUUCUCUUUUGUUGAGAAUGUUGAGGAAGCAGGAGCAUCCGGCGAGGAUCAUGAUAAUGUCCGAUUCUCUGGCCUCCGACCAUGCAUGGAAACGAAAACAAUAAGCGUUCCGUUCAAGGUGGAUGACGGUUUUGCUGCUCCAGUCUCAGACGAAGAAGAAAGCCUCUCGGAUAACAGCCUCUUCUCUGACAUCAGCUUUCACCCCGUGGCCGACGACAAGGAGGGAAUUCCAUCAAUGGAAGCUCUGGUUGCCAAACUCAACCGAUCCAUGCUUCGAUCUGCUCGAUCACGGGCAAUGGUUUCCAAGACUGUCUUUCCUGACCUGAGAAAGAGAGGCACCAACAGAAGAGUCAACACAACGCCAGUUGACAGUCCUUCGUCUAGCAUAAAGACGAUCUUGCACCGGGGCCCACGAAUGAUUUGCAAGACCCCAUCCUCCUCGAUUUGCAUUGCACAAUGCGAUGCAAUGAAGAUCGAUGGAAACUCGAUAGGUGACUUUCUCCGACAGACAAAGAGGUGGUAA